AUAUCAGUUAUUACUAAUGAGUAAUUUUACGAAUUCAAACUUUAUGGCCGAUAAGCCUUUGAUACUGGUGACACAUGGCUGGGUGGUGGACGGCUCCGGAAAAGCCACUCAGCUUAUAAAGGAUGCUUAUUUAGAUACAUAUGAUGUCAAUGUGAUUGUAGUCGACUGGAGACAAAUAUCACAUAUCAAUUACCUUUCUGCCGCAAUGAAAGCAGAAGACAUUGGCCGUCAGAUCAGUGAUAUGCUAAUCGCCAUAGCGAAGCAUUACGCAUUCGACAUAUCUCGUGUGCAUUUAAUUGGACACAGUUUAGGAGCACACGUGAUGGGAUCUGCAGGUUCUCAGCUUAAAAAUAACGGUUAUAUAGCAGGAAGAUUAACUGCUUUAGAUGCCGCGCGUCCAUUUUUUGAAUUUCCACUUUUAUUAGACGGAUUUUCUGCCAACGAUGCAGCUUUUGUGGAUGUGAUACAUACAAAUAUAGAUUUCUUGGGUAUUAGAAAUCCAAGAGGUCAUGCAGAUUUUUAUCCGAAUGGUGGUUACAUGCAGGAACCGUGUUGUCACUCAGAAAGUGAUGUCAGAAAUAACUGUCAACAUGCAUGUGCAUAUUAUUACUUCAAGGAAUCAAUAAGAGGCAAUAUUUUCAAGGCACGAAAAUGUAGUGAUUUUGAAUCUUAUCUUUCUGGAAAGUGCGUAACAAAUGAGACGAGUUAUAUGGGAGAGAUGUGUUCGCCGGAUUCUCAUGGCAAAUUUUAUUUAGUUUCUAAAGAUCCUUUUAGUAUUUUUAGUACCAAAUUUUACCAUUAAUCUAGCAUAAUUCAAAUAGUAGCAGUAUAAUUAGAAUUUUA